AUGACGCAAGCAGUGGACCAAAUCAAUGAUAUCCUAAGGCUUCUAAAUGAUUUGGAUACGGAAAUCGAUAAAUUCUUUUCCUCCAUGCAGCAAUCAUGCAGUGUGAGGUACACCAAGACUGAUAUUGAUGGUGAUCUUCAGGCCUUACUAAAGAUGCGACAAGACAUUGAAAGCAAAGUGAAGGAAUAUGGGCUAAAUUGUGUUCCACUAGACUGGCCAAAAAAUGCGAAAGAAAAAGAUUUAUUGGCCGGUAUUAAGCAAGAAGCAAGUGUAUUAAGAACAAAUAACACUAAACUUCAAGAUAGCUGUAGCACCAUUCAUAACAUCGUAGCAAAUCAGAGAACAGUAUAA